UACCUGCUCCACUACCUGAUUGCCCUCAAGAACUGGCUGAACCGUUACAGCUGGCAGCGGACCCCCAUCUCUGUCACAGCUUGGGCCCUGCUGCGGGACAGCUACCAUGGGGGGCUGUGCCUCCGGUUCCGGGCUCAGCACCUGGCUGUGGCAGUGCUCUACCUGGCCCUACAGGUCUACGGGGUCGAGGUGCCUGCUGAGGCCGGGACUCAGAAGCCGUGGUGGCAGAUUUAUACCAUGGACACAGAGAUCCCCUAAGGCCUUGGCCCAGGCCUUCCCAAAGAGAAGCCCAGGAUGGUCGACUGCCUGGGGACGGUGCCACCAUGUCGCUGUGACGGCCAGUCCCCAGAGGACCAGCUGGGAGGACUGGUUAUGCUGCUGGAUAUGGGCUGGUGAAAGGUGAUGCCAUGCUGCCACUUUGACUGUCCCCAGCAGGCCUGGCCCAGGCGAUGUCAAGAGCUAUGCCUCCAGCAGGCAGGCCAGGAGCUCACAAUGUGUGGCUGCCCUGGGGCAGCCACAUCACAUCUGCUUUUGCUCUUUGAGAUGACUACAACUGCAACUGAGGCAUGACAUCACUGACAGGAGGGUUGAAGAACAGAUGGGACUGCACCCCUAGGAAUUUUUUAAAAGCCAGAUUUAUAGAAAGUAUAAGUGUGCAACAUA